AUGCUGACAGACGUUCCUGAGAUUUUGGAAGUUGACCACAAUCUUAUCAAGAUCACAGAUUGUGAAGAUGACCUCGAUAUGGCUGCCAGCAGUGUAGUGAGGGUAGUAGAGCUACUGUCGGCUCCCAGUGUCGAGGCUAGAGUACGACAAUCAGCCAUUACACAGCUGAGUGUAAUGACAGAAGACCCGAGGCUACAUCAAGUCUUCAUAGAUAAUCGGGGAGUAGAACUCUUCAUAUCUAUUUUGCAACAAGUUAUGGGUGAAAUCAAUGAAGACACUGGUUGCUCCGCUAUCCCGAUAGUUGCCACACUGAAAAACCUGGCUAGACACAAUUCUACAAUACGGCAAAGUUUAAGUCAACACGAGCAGUUCAUACUGCAUUUAAUAAAAGGCAUGUUCCAGUUGUCUGAGUGGAGGCUACAGAGAGAUGGAGCUCAGUUGCUAGCUCUGCUGGUGUAUGCAGACUAUGUACUGAGCUGCCCAGCUUCUGUUUCAUUGCCUCACCUAAUCACACAGACUUUGCACCUACCCUGGCUCUGCCAGUCUCAUUGGGCUGUCAGCCCCCACAGCACACCCUCCCUCAGAGGUGUGGUGCUGGGGGAAAUGGGAGCGGAGAGGUUGUUGUCCACAUACUGGGCUGUCCUCACUGUGGGACUGGACCAUCUACUGGAGCUGUCUCAUGUCACUGAAAACAAUACUCCAAUGGCUCUGUCACAACGUACACUGCGACAGUUGCAGGCGUCCAACAUCCCUCAUGGCUGUAGAUGUUCUCUCUAUUCGUUUCAAAAUGCAACAACACACACUGCAGCUCUACAGGCCUUGGCAGAGCUUACCUCAUAUCUAGAGAUCAGUUGGCUCACAGAACCCUCCAAUCUCGCAUCCCUCCCAUGGAAAAACACAUUCAAGAGGUUUUUGCUGAUCCCACCUUCAGGCCAAGAUGACUUUAAUCUUCUAUUUUUGGUUCUGAAGUUUCUUCAAUUUCUUUUAGAAGUGAGCCCAGAGCAGAGUUUAUGGGUCUCCGAGGCCCUGUUGUGUCCUCCUCACACACUGUUGCAACUCAUCAUGGUAGCCAACUCACCCAGCCACGACCAGGAGAUGUGGAAAAAGAUUUGUCUUAACACUUUAGCAGUGUGCAAGAAAUGUCUGCACUUCAAUGUUGGCGGCAGUGAUUGGCAAACGUUAGUAAUGCUGGUUUUGCGCUGUCUCGGACAAAGUCAUACUCAGGAAUACUAUAGUCUAGCCCUACUGGACAGCAAGCUGCAGGUGUUAUUGGCAGCCCUGAGGUCCCGUCAGUCUGCUGACAGUGCUGCCAACCUGUGGCAACUGUUGACCGCGUUUCAUUGUGAAUCACCUCACAGCUUCAUGGGAAUCAGUAUCACACGUAAUACAGUACUCUGCCUCAACAAGAUGUUAAGCCUUACUCAGGACUGGGAGGGGGAGUGUGAGCCCAACAUAAGGUGGCUGUUGCAUGAGGGAGGACUGUGCUCCAGUGGUGAUGUUGUCGUACGAGCUGCUGCCCUCAAUCUCUUGUCAGGUCUGGCUUUGACACCUCGUGGAGCUGUUACACUGCUUGAUACUUGCCCUGACAUCAUUCACUUUACCAUGCGAACAGUAGUGGACCAUUGUGAGGCCAGUGUUGUCCGUGAAUAUGCUGCUAAACUGUUGACAAACAUCAACAAGCAUUCCAUUUGUAAGGAAAUGAUGGUGUCUGCCAGAGAUGUAAACUUGUUCCAAGAGUUUCGUGAGUCAGUGAAUCUUGUAGCUCUUGCAGCUGUUCAAUCACACCUAGAGCAGAGUACUGGGAUGUUACAUACUGACCCGAGGUUUGUCAAAGCAGGCUGCUGGCUUCUCACUAAUCUCCUGGUGUCUGCAGUGGAUGAGAUGCUUCCAUCUGUGUCCUCCAGUGGGCUGACAACAGCACUGUGCAGAACUCUGCAGAGCAUUGAUAGACUAAUGUCUCCGGAGAUAGUGAGCUUGGCUGCAGCAGUGUGCAGACUUUUGUUUGUGUGCUGUGAAGCUGGCUGUGACAUUGCGCAGCUACCUGACUGUGCAGCUGCAAUAAUGAGCUUCUUGGACCCUGACAGUUUUGAUUUUGAUCCCGCAGAGUCUUCAGAGGAGGUCCAGUCACUUUGGCAGGAGACACUGACGCUGCUGAGCUAUGUGUUGGGCUUUAUGGGUGCUGAGGUAAUUCUCAACUCUGCCACUGUCACUGUGCUGAGUCAAUGUAUUGCUAUUGUCGACCCUCAGUGCACUUCUCUUCGACUUACCGCACUACAGGCUGUACCUGCUCUAGCCACAUCUCUUACACCAAAUUCAGAAGCUGUCCUGUGUGAGAGUCUGGUAGCCCAGUGGGACAGAGUGAAGGGCAAGGCUAGGCCAGCUCUGUUGGCAGCACUGACAGCUCUGUUAGGACACUCCAGUUUUGCCACUACAACAGCACUCUCUCUGGGACUUGUGGCCUCAGUCAUCACCAGACUCAGAGAACUUCACCUCACACUCACCAUACAGACCUCCUCUACUGACAAGCUCGCUAAGAAAGACCCUCGGAUGGGUGAGAUGCUGCAUCUAGUACAGCUGUUGUCAGCAGCGUUGUACCACAGUGGUGUAGCACGGCGUGAGGCUGCCACUCACGGUGCUGCAGACACUCUACACAAGCUGUGGGCCUGGUGUCAUGCUGAUGACAAGUAUCUCAUAGCUACACUCAACUGUCUCAUCACCUUCACAGCUGACUGCCCCUUAGCUGUCGCGUUUCUAGCUGGUAAAAGAAUUACAAACUUUGAAAAUGCGUCUACCACAGAUAGUAGGUAUGAGUUGCCUGACUUUGUCCUAGGAAGUUUGCCUACGUAG